ACCACUUGUGGAUCGUAAGAUCUACAACAAGCGAUCUACAACAAGCGAACACGAACUAACGAGAGUGCUGGAUACACGUCUAAACACUUCUCUGUUUAACCGUGGCUAUGUGACCUAACAUACUACACGGAUUACACAACUGUGGACAGAAAUGAACUGUGUUGUCAGUGGCCCUGUGACCCCAGGGCUAAGUGUUUGAUGGCCGUCCCUUCCCCCCGGGCCGUCUCCCCACCCUACUACCCGUGACAUGGCCGUACCCAGGGGACUGUACGUGCUGUUUCUGCUAGCCAUAUGUGAAGGAUUUGAGCAUGUCUGUCAACAAUGUGACUGUUUCGUUAGUGAGGGUUCCAAGGAGAGGGGUGUACGAAAUAUCAAACCUAGGUGCAACGAAGGGUCUAUUCGAUGGAGAAAUCCAAACGGGGGACUGCGCGUGCAGCUGCACGCCGGCUAUACCUCGGACUUCCGGGCAUGCUUUGCCGUGGACGCCACAAAUAUUGCAGUGAAGGUAUCCCAGGAAUUUGUGAUCAAUUCCGAUAACCAGAUAUCCAGUCACCGGUCGUCAUAUCUGCAUGCUGUUGCUAUAACGACAAACAGGACAAAAGAAAUAUGCAUUCCCUCCUCAUCGUCAUAUCCAUCUGUGUUACUAUAUUUAGAGACAGAAAGAUUGCAGCACCAAUCGGGUGUACAGAAAGUGACAUUCCAUUACGUCAUGGAACCAAUUAGGUCGAACAGACUGCUCUACAACCCUAUGGAAGAAGAAUGCCGUCCAUGCGAUCCCCGUGAACUCGUCCGAGCCUACUGUUCCAGUGACUUCGUGGUCACAGGGAAGAUGACCGCCGUGACACACUUGGAUGACCUUGAUCGGACAAAGAUGGACGUAGAAGUGACGCGCGUUAUACGUCAGAAAGGCCAGCUCUUUACCUAUUUUCGGGAGGACCAGUCACUACGAGGAUCCAUGGUUGCUCCUCGGCAUUGCGGAGUUGAAUAUGGCGUGGGCGAUUUCCUGUUUACGGGUUAUCUACGCCUUGGCCACAUGGCAAUUUCUUGUUCGCCAUAUUUAUCGGAAUGGAGACAAGUUUUGACGGCGGCGUUAGCAGACGGUACAAUGGAGUGUGAAGUUGACUAAUUGUUUUGAAUAUUUCGUCAUGUAUGCUUCCUGACGGAAAAACAAUAAAUUUCGUAUAAAUUACUAAAAUGUAUUGAAGAUGGCAGAUGGGCUCACUUGCUCUUAUUUGGCUGCGACAGACUGAUACAUUUCUAUUUGGGCAUGCCCGUUUCUUGUAAUGCUAUUGACAAACAGACGGGAAGUAUCGAGAUGUGCGUGUCUUGUCAUGAGAGGUGAUUGCGCAGCCUCGCUUCACCAGGACAAAUAAAAGUGUGUGGUCUUGUAAGGUUUGACCGUAGCGUCGCACACGAUAGCUCAUUACGAGUGCUUUCGUGCUUGACUGUGAUUGACAGGUUGGAAGGCGUGACCUAUCGUUGUUGGUAGGCGUGACCUAUCGUGGUUCUACCUGUGGCGUAUCUGUGAUAUACGUAACCUAUUAUGGUGCAAUUAGUAAACAACCGUCAGCGUGGUCACCGGUGUCUCCCCUCCUAUAGCGAACAACCGUCAGUGUGAUCACCCACACCGGUGUCUCCCCUCCUAUAGCGAACAACCGUCAGUGUGAUCACCCACACCGGUGUCUCCCAUCCUCUUAUAUCAAAUCAUAUUUAAAACAAAACUUUGUCACGAGACGGUUUAUGAUUUUGUUAUUUUUGUUUAUCUGUUAUUUUAAUAUUUGGGAUGUUCGAAUGGUCAGGAAGAGAUUUAAUUGAUAAUGAUAAUAUUAUGUGAAAUAAUAUUCCCGAAAGAACAAGGAAAUAUUAACGGAAUUUAGCGGGCCAACGAGAUGAGAGAGAGGCUGCCGGUUGUUUACUUUCCCUUUAUUGUGACUUUUUGUUGUUGUUGUUGUUGGCGGUGUUAGGGACCAAACCAUAAUGGUGCAUUGUUACCCGGAUGUCUUGACAUGGCAGAACGUUUAUACUUCAGAUUCAUUCGGCUUCAAAAGUCUGUUCAUAAAAUUAUUUCAACAAAGGAUGUUCAUUUCAUUACAAAUUUCAUUUGUAAAUACCAUAGUUCUGAACUAUUAACGUUGUUUUUUUUACGAAAAUGAGUCUUUAAUUAGCAUCACGUGUAGUAAAUAUAGACGGAUAGUAAAACAUUCAGAUCAAACGUGUGUUAUCUGUGGGACAGGAAACGUUUAUAUCCAUCCCAAGGUAACUCCUGAUAGUAACAUUUCUAAGGUCGUUAUGUCUGCAUGAUGAGUGACAAGAAAACGUCACAACAUCUACACCUGUCUACUGAACAGGUGAGGGGGCAUUUCGGACAUCAAAAUUCGUGUUUUCAUAUUUAUUUUCGCCUUAGAUAUCAACAAUCUUAGUGGUCAGAGCUGCGAUAACUUUGAUAUCAUCACCCAUUUUACAUCAGAUUAGCUUUCGAUUUUGGCCUUAAAGGCACAAGGCAGCAAUACGAUACAUUAUCGUAACCAAGGGACAUAACCGUUGUAUUCAAAUCUUGUUUAAUCAGAUUACGUCAUCCACUGUAAAACACUGCCGGGUAUUGUCCGAACCAUAUGAUGGAGGCUAGAUUGAAAAUUAUAUUCGGAAUGCCUCGGACAAAACCAUUGUAUCACUGACAUUCGGGGUUGAAAACUCUUCAUUUCUUCAUUACUUGCUAAGAAAAAAGUUUCCAAUGUUGUUGUUGCUUUGCUACUAUUUCUAAGUUUUGUAUCCGAGUCUUGGAAACAAACAAAAAUGUGUUCGACCAAACUAAAUGGUUAUUGCUUACCUACUAAUGUUUAUUUUUGUAAGUCUUAUUUACGGUCAUUGGAAAAAUAGAGUCGAGUCAUUAGAAAAAAUGGACCUGUGCUGUUUAAGAUAUAUAUUGUUUAACAUAGAGUUUGUCUGCAGACUUCCUUUUUAACAUAGAGUUCGUAUGCAGACUUCCUGUUUAACAUAGAGUUCGUCUGCAGACUUCCUGUUUAACAUCGAGUUCGUCUGCAGACUUCCUGUUUAACAUAGAGUUCGUCUGCAGGCUUUCUGUUUAACAUAGAGUUCGUCUGUAGACUUCCUGUUUAACAUAGAGUUCGUCUGCAGACUUCCUGUUUAGCAUAGAGUUCGUCUGCAGACUUCCUGUUUAACAUUGAGUUCGUCUGCAGACUUCCUGUUUAACACAGAGUUCGUCUGCAGACUUCCUGUUUAACAUCGAGUUCGUCUGCAGACUUCCUGUUUAACAUAGAGUUGGUCUGCAGACGUUCUGUUUAACAUAGAGUUCGUCUGCAGGCUUUCUGUUUAACAUAGAGUUCGUCUGUAGACUUCCUGUUUAACAUAGAGUUCGUCUGCAGACUUUCUGUUUAACAUAGAGUUCGUCUGCAGACUUCCUGUUUGACACAAAGUUCGUCUGCAGACUUCCUGUUUAACACAUAGUUCGUCUGCAGACUUUCUGUUUAACAUAGAGUUCGUCUGCAGACUUCCUGUUUAUCACAGAGUUCGUCUGCAGACUUCCUGUUUAACAUUGAGUUCGUCUGCAGACUUCCUGUUUAACAUAGAGUUCGUCUGCAGACUUACUGUUUAACAUAGAGUUCGUCUGCAGACUUCCUGUUUAACAUUGAGUUCGUCUGCAGACUUCCUGUUUAACAUAGAGUUCGUCUGCAGACUUCCUGUUUAGCAUAGAGUUCGUCUGCAGACUUCCUGUUUAACAUUGAGUUCGUCUGCAGACUUCCUGUUUAACACAGAGUUCGUCUGCAGACUUCCUGUUUAACAUUGAGUUCGUCUGCAGACUUCCUGUUUAACACAGAGUUCGUCUGCAGACUUCCUGUUGAUCGUACAUGUAUAUCAAUGUUUAAAUGAAUUGCUCCAGAAAUACUUACGUUUUGUUGUGUAUAUAAGAGACUUUAUAUUCAACUUUUAAAGUUGAACAAAAUAAAAAGUUAUAAAUCAUAA